AUGAAGGUCUCUGUGGCUGCCAUCGUCUUUGUCCUCAGCAUGGCCUGCUGCUCCCAGGCCUCCAUCGAAGAAAAGAAUUUUGAAACUUCUUGGAGCUCGAAUAUCGCCUGCUGCUUCACCUACACAUCCCGGCAGAUCCCCCGCCGCUUCGUGGUUGACUAUUUUGUCACCAGCAGCCCGUGCUCCCUGCCAGCUGUAAUAUUUAUCACGACAAAAGGUCGUCAAGUUUGCACCAACCCCAAAGAUGCCUGGGUUCAGCAGUAUAUGAAAGACCUGAAAUAG